GUUAAUUAGCCACGGCUCCUCACCGGUUGAGGGAGUUAUUCCCUUUACCGGUUCUUCCGGUCGUCAUUUUGAAAGAGAGAAAGAGAGAGAGAGAGAGAAGGGUGAGGGGGAUAGACAAUGUGGAUCCCCCCUUUUUUCUCUUGUUCCUCGAUUGUUUUCACUCCCGAACAUUAACCGGUAUCAUAUAGCAUCCACCGUCUUGAUAUAAAGGCCGGUUCUAGCUGUGGAUGAUGCUCUGCUCCACCUCCACCAUCCUCAUCCCAGCUGCUAUGACAUGUUCACCGUGAGAAAGAAGAAGAAGAAAACCCCCUCAGUCCUCCUCCCGACGGGGCUCAUCACAGCAGCCGUCGUUGUGUAAGCUAUAUUACUAUCCGGAGAGGAGCUGUGUGAACAGUGUUGGACGGAGAGAGAGAGAGAGAGGGAGCUAGAGACUUCUUCUUCUUCUUCUUCUUCUUCUCCAGAGCUCCAGCUGCCAUCCUCCUCCUCCUCCUCCUCCUCCAACAGAAACCACCACUUCUCUUUCUCAUCACACAUCCGAGAGAGCAUUUUGGAGAUGUGAGGAAUAGGAAGAGAUUGGUGAUAUUGAGCAGCCUGUGCAUUGACACGACCUCUUGACCUCAUCUUCAGCAUGAAUGGUGAUAUGCCUCAUGUUCCCAUCACUACUCUUGCUGGAAUUGCUAGCCUGACAGACUUGUUGAACCAGCUGCCCUUGCCCUCUCCUCUCCCCGCCACCACCGCUAAGAGUCUGCUCUACAAUGGACGGAUCUCCGAAGAGGUCAGCAGCCUGCUGGUGUGUCGGGACGAGAAUCUGGUGACUCAGCUGGCACAUAGCCUUAACCAGGUCUCCACUGAACACAUAGAGUUGAAGGACAACUUGGGCAACGAUGAACCCGAGGGUGACAUGCCAAUGCUUCUACAAACUCUGCUGUCCAGGAACCCCAAAAUCUUCAGGGACAAAAGUGUAAUGCAGCAGCCGAUGAUCCAACAGUAUAAGAUCUCUCAGAACCAGGUGCAUGGGAGUCCAGGAUCAAACUAUCAGCAAACCACUCAGAGCCCCUCUGGAUGCUUUACAUCCCCGCAGUCUGGUUCAGGCGCUCGGUUUGUACCCCAGCAGAACAGCCCUAUACCCAGUCCCUACACCCCUCAGAGUCCUGCAGACUACAUGCAGUACAACCCACCCAGUUAUUCUCAACACCAACAGACACAGCAAGUUAGAAAUAUCCAUGACGACAAGGUCUCUGGUCAGCUAUCAAGUGCUUCAUCUAAUCAUAAUGCGAGACUAGGCUCAGAUGAAGACUACAUCAACAUGGCUCAUAGACUGGGAAAUGAGGAGAACGACCCCUCCAUGAGGGCUGCCACGUUUCCAGUUAAAUCACCACAGUCCGUGUGUUCACCUGCCGGGAGUGAAGAGACUGCUAAAACAGGGUCCAGGCCUCACCUUAUCAUGCAGUCCCCUCCACCAGAUGUGCCACCGGGUGCAGCACCUGACCUGCUCCUCACCUCCGCUGACCGCAAAAAGAAGCAGAAAGAAAGGAGUAGAGAAGAAUACGAGCAGGCAGAAAGGAAUGCCUCGUAUGGCAUUGUUAGUUCUCCAUCAAAAGAGUCCGCCAGGCUGACUAUAAAACUGUCCCGAGUGAAGUUUUCAGAAAUGGAUCAAUCUGGAGAUCUUCCUCCGAGGCCACGUGUCGACUCGGACCAUGAAACGGAUUUGACGAAUAAUAAUAAUCAGUUGUCGAGGACUGCCCAGGACUUGUCACACAGGUUCGGUGCUGAGGAGCAGGCAAACUGUCAGCAGGUUCCUGUUCGACCAAACACCAAGGAGUCUGGAGUCAUCAGUGGGGUCGUGUUUGAUGAUGCUGAGAUGGACACACUUGCAGAGAUCGAGAGAAUAGAACGCGAGUCGGCCAGUGAGAGAGAAAGGUGGUCUAAAGAAGUCCAGGAUAAAGAUAAGCCACUGAAGAAACGGAAGCAAGACUCGUAUCCUCAGGAAUCCGGAGCUGAGUCAAGUGACGGGCCUACUGUACAAGGGGGCAACACUGACAGCAAGUUGACACCCAAGAAGACGAAUUCUGCGAGUAACGGUGCCAGCCGGCCUGCCUUGAUGGUCAGUAUUGAUCUGCAGCAAGCUGGCAGAAUGAUAGGACAGCCUGUAGUGGUCUUGGAAGCACAGAAGUUGUGUGAGGACCGCCUACGGCAACUAAAGUCAAAGGCGGAUGGAAAGGUAGAUACAGUUGUUGAAAACAGACCUGGGAUCAUCAGACAGCAUGCCGAGAACACCAAGAAGUCUGGCUCAGAUGGGCAACCAGAAACCCCCAAAGAGAAGCAAGAAAGACGCGAAUCCAAACACAAACAUGACAGCAAAACUGCCGGUGGCAAAGGCCACUCAGAUGACAGACGGCCAGACACACCACGGCAGAAACAUGACAAGCAUUCAGACUUGCGCCAGAAAGAGGAAAAGAACCGCAACAGUCACCGAUCCCAAGACGGCCAACCUGAGACUCCAAAAACCAUUAGCAAGGCGGAGCGUAACUCCAGACUUCAAGAAGAUAAAGUCAGGGAGAAGGAUAAGGAUAAAGACAGAAAUAAAGAUAGGGAUAAGGACAGAGAAAAAGAUAAAGAUAGGGAUAAGGACAGAGAAAGAGAUAAAGCUGGAGAUAGGGAUAAGGAUAGAGAAAAAGAUAAGGACAAAGAUAAGGAUAAGGACAGAGAAAAAGUUAGAGAUAAAGAUAGAGAUAGGAAUAAGGACAGAGAAAAAGUUAGAGAUAAAGAUAGAGAUAGGGAUAAGGACAGAGAAAAAGUUAGAGAUAAAGAUCGAGAUAGGGAUAAGGACAGAGAAAAAGAUAAGGAUAGGGAUAAGGACAAAGAAAAAGACAAAGAAAAAGACAAGGAUAGGGAUAAGGACAGAGAUAGAGACAGGGAAAGGAAGCACAAGACGUCAAGGGAAAACUGCAACAGACACUCUCCUGACCGGCAUACUAAAGCUGACAGCCCUAGAGUGAAGCAAGACGGAAGCAGAAAAUCCACUGACCUCAAUGGUCGACAGAAGACAGAAGAGAGUUCCGGCCUUCAAAACGCCCAAAAUACGAAAGAGAGGAAAAGUGGGGAUGGCAGCAUUAGCUGCCAAGCUGGAAACAAACAGCAAUCUCUUGAGAACAAACAUAGUGAGUUCCCCUCGUACCUGCUGGGUGGCAAGUCAGGAAGUCUGAAGAACUUUGUGAUUCCUAAGUUGAAACGGGACAUGAAAGAGCCACCACUUCCAGCCAAGUUGAUAGAGGGCUGGAGCGAACCCCUGGUCAGACUGGAGAGAUUGUCAUUGAUAAAGGACUUAAACAAAGGAGCUAAGCCUGUCGUUGUGAUCAACAAACUCAGUAUUGAUGAGGUAAAAAGGAUCAUUAAGGAAAGCAGGAAUGCACACGGCUCCGGAUUUGGGAAAGAGAUGUCAAACAAGAGAAAGCACAGUACGAUCAGUAAGAAAUCCAAGCACGCUGAGUUGAAUGACGAUGACUCUGACCACAACGAUGAUGAUGAUGUCGACGACGACGAUGACUCUGACAACGAGACUGCAAAGAAAAAGAGCAAGAAAGGUCACGACAAGUCAUGGAAGCACGAAGAGAAGAAGGGGUCUGGACAGCACCGGCGAAGUGGAGGUUCGCAUUCUGCUGCUCGCCGGGGGAGCGGUGGCCGUCAGCGUGACAAGAGCCCGAGCGACUCCAAUGAAGACUCGCCACCACCGAGCCUGAAAGAUGUUGCCAAAAAAUUGAAGAAAAAGGAGAAGCAGAAGAACAGGAUAGCGUAUGAUUCCAAGAUGACACCAGAGGAAAAGAAGGACUCCUCCACAUAUAAGAGAUUCAUGGCCAACGCGGACAGCAUUAUCGAGAGCCUCGAGGACGUGGACCUCGCCGGAGCAGACGAGGAUGAGAUACCGGAAGAGCUCUUGCUUGGAAAGCACCAGUUGAGCGAGCUAGGCAGCGAUUCUGCUAAGAUGAAAGCUAUGCGCAUCUUCCACAAGUUUCCGUCUGAUAAACUGGUGAAAAUGUUGAAUAUCCUGGAGAAGAACAUUCAGGACAGCGUCAAACUUUCCACCCUGAUGAAUCAUGACAAUGAUUCCAAGGAUGAGGAGCGGUUGUGGCGUGACCUUAUCAUGGAGCGGGUGGCAAAGUCCGCUGAUGCCUGUCUGACUGCACUCAACAUCAUGACAUCUCCACGCAUGCCCAAGGUUGUUUACAUAGAGGAUGUGAUUGAGAGGGUGCUGCAGUAUACCAAGUUCCAUCUGCAAAACUCAUUGUACCCUCAGUAUGAUCCGGUCUACAGAAAAGGUGGCGCGCAUGCUUCAAAGUCCAAGAGAGCAAAGAUUUCCACCCAUAAACAGAAGGUGGUGGUCGUGCUCUAUGACAAAGUGUGUGAUAUCGUCAGCAACAUCUCGGAGCUCCUGGAGAUCCAGCUGCUAACUGACACCACUAUUCUCCAGGUGUCCACCCUGGGUAUUACACCUUUUUUCGUGGAGAAUGUCAGUGAACUGCAGUUAUGUGCCAUCUCACUAGUGACAGCAGUGUUCUCUCGUUACGAGAAGCACAGGCAGCUCAUUCUUGAAGAGAUCUUCACCUCCCUGGCUAGACUGCCUACCAGUAAACGCAGCCUCAGGAACUUUAGGCUAAACGGUGAUGCGGAUGAAGAGCCCUUGCAUAUCCAGAUGGUAACAGCGCUGGUUCUUCAGCUCAUCCAGUGUGUGGUUCGCCUUCCAUCAGAGAGGGACUCAGAUGAGGAACAUAAUAAGAAGGUGGAUAAAGAUGCCUUCAUCACAAACUCUUAUGAAACUGCCAUGAGGACAGCUCAGAACUUCCUAUCAGUGUUUCUCAAGAAGUGUGGCAGUAAGCAGGGAGAGGAGGACUACAGGCCGCUGUUUGAGAACUUUGUUCAUGACCUGCUGUCCACAAUCAACAGGCCUGAGUGGCCUGCUGCUGAGCUGCUGCUCAGUUUACUGGGCCGGCUGUUGGUUCACCAGUUCAGUAACAAGCAGACAGAAAUGGCGCUCAGGGUGGCAUCGCUGGAUUACCUCGGCACUGUCGCGUCUCGCCUGCGUAAAGAUGCCGUCACUAGCAACGUGGACCAAAAGGCCAUUGACCGCAUCCUCAAAGAGAUUCCAGGCAGUGAUGAGACCCAGCAACUCCAGAAGGCCUUACUGGACUACCUAAAUCAGAACAUUGAGACGGAUCCAUCUCUAUUGUUUGCCAGGAAGUUUUAUAUCGCCCAGUGGUUCAGGGACGCUACAACUGAGGCAGAGAAAGCGAUGAAGUCUCAAAAUGACGACGAGGACUUGAAAGGUCGACGUCAUUCCGAGGAUGUUGACUCAACUGAGGAGAUUAUGCAGAGGGUCGAGACACGAAAGAAAUUCCUCCGCAAGGUCGUCAAGACAACACCAACAGAUUUCAGUUCUCUGGGGAUAAACCCUGACACAGCAGACUAUGCGGACUCGUGUCUGAUUGUCAGAUAUCUGGCCUCCAUGAGGCCGUUCUCACAGAGCUUUGAUAUUUAUUUAUCACAGAUUCUGAGAGUGCUGGGUGAGAGUGCCAUCGCAGUCAGAACUAAAGCCAUGAAGUGUCUGUCUGAAGUAGUAGCUGUGGAUCCAAGUAUUCUGGCACGGGUGGAUAUGCAGCGUGGUGUUCACUGUCGCCUCAUGGACAACUCCACCAGUGUGCGAGAGGCAGCCGUGGAGCUCCUCGGCCGUUUUGUGCUAAGUCGACCGGAGCUCAUUGAGCAGUACUACGACAUGCUCAUUGAAAGGAUAUUGGACACAGGUAUUAGCGUAAGGAAGAGGGUCAUUAAGAUCUUGAGGGAUAUUUGCCUGGAGCAGCCGGACUUCCACAAGAUCACCGAGAUGUGUGUCAGGAUGAUCCGAAGGGUCAACGAUGAAGAGGGGAUCAAGAAACUGGUGAAUGAGACAUUCCAGAAAAUCUGGUUCACCCCCACACCCGGUCAUGAUAAAAACGCCUUGACCCGGAAGAUCCUGAACAUCACAGAUGUGGUGUUGGCAUGUAAAGAUACAGGCUACGACUGGUUUGAGCAGCUUCUCCAAAAUCUCCUGAAGUCAGAAGAGCAAGCUUCGUACAAACCUGCCAAGAAGGCGUGUGUUCAGCUGGUGGACAAUCUGGUGGAACACAUACUGAAAUAUGAGGAGUCUCUUGCAGACUGUGAGGACAAAGGGGUCAACUCAGGUCGUCUGGUAUCGUGCAUCACCACUCUCUACCUGUUCAGCAAGAUCAGAGCACAGUUAAUGGUCAAACAUGCCAUGACUAUGCAGCCCUACUUGACCACCAAGUGCAAUACUCAGAAUGACUUCAUGGUGAUAUGUAACGUGGCUAAGAUCUUGGAGCUGGUCGUGCCUCUGAUGGAGCUCCCGAGUGAGACCUUCCUCACUACCUUAGAGGAAGACCUGAUGAAGCUCAUCAUCAAGUACGGCAUGACGGUUGUACAGCACUGUGUCAGCUGUCUCGGUGCUGUUGUCAACAAGGUCACGCACAACUACAAGUUCGUCUGGGCUUGUUUCAAUCGCUACUACGGAGCUCUAGCAAAACUGAAGACACAGCACCAGGAGGACGCCAACAGCUCCACUCUGGCUGCUAACAAACCUACUCUCCUGCGCUCACUGUUCACUGUGGGGGCUCUCUGUCGACACUUUGAUUUCGACCAAGAGGAGUUCAAGGGCGCUAACAAGAUUGUCAUCAAGGACAAAGUGUUGGAGCUUCUGCUGUACUUCACCACUCAUGAAGAUGAAGAGGUCCAGAUCAAGGCCAUCACAGGUCUAGGCUUCCAGUUCAUCAUGCACCCAGAGCUCAUGUUUGUGCAGGAUGUGAAGGUUCUGUAUAACAACACCCUGUCAGAUGAAAACAGUUCAGUCAAUCUGAAGAUCCAGGUGCUUAAAAACCUGCAGACAUACCUGCAAGAGGAGGACUCUCGAAUGCAGGAGGCCGAUCGCGAAUGGAAGAAACAAUCCAAUCAGGAGGAUCUGAAAGAAAUGGGGGACAUCUCAUCAGGCAUGAGCAGCUCCAUAAUGCAGAUUUACCUGAAGCAGGUGCUGGAGUCCUUCUUCCACACGCAGUCCACUGUUCGCCACUUUGCCCUGAGUGUCAUUACACUGACUCUCAGCCAGGGCCUCAUCCAUCCUGUACAGUGUGUGCCCUACUUGAUCGCCAUGGGAACAGACCCUGAGCCAACCAUGAAGAACAAGUCCGAUCAACAGCUGGCGGAGAUCGACAAGAAGUAUUCAGGCUUCAUCCAUAUGAAGGCCGUAGCGGGGUUGAAGAUGGCUUAUCAGGUCCAACAGGCCAUAAAUGGGUCCAAAGGCCCAGCCAUUCGAGGGUUUCGUCGCGACGACUCAGACUCUGCUCUGUGCGCUCAUCUCUACACUCUGGUCCGAGGGAACCGACAAUACAGACGGGCUUUCCUCAUUUCCCUGCUCAACCUGUUUGAUGACAGCUCCAAAACAGAGGUGAACAGGUUGUUGUUCAUAGCAGACAACUUGGCCUGCUUCCCCUACCAGACCCAGGAGGAGCCUCUUUUCAUCAUGCACCAUGUAGAUAUUACUCUGUCUGUCUCUGGCAGCAACCUGCUCCAGUCUUUCAAGGAGUCUUUACAGAAAGAGCCUAGAGUAGAGCCUACAGUAGAGCAGGAAAAGAAGGUCAAGACAAAAAAGAUGACAAAAAAGAAGAAGAAGAAGAAGGAGAAGAAGAAGAAGAAAAAGAAGAAGCCUCAGAGGAGAAAAGGCAGCUCUGAUGAGGAUAGUGAUGAUGAUGGUGCAGAUGAAGAAGAAGAAGACGAGGACGAUGAGCAGAGUAGUAGCACAUCCAGCAGCAGCAGCAGCAGUGAUGAGGAUGACGAGGUGGUCCACAGGGGAAAGAAACCUGCGCAGUUUGAUUCGGACGUGGAAGAUGAGGAUGCAGUGAUGGACCGUCUGCCCGAAAACUCCAACCCUCUGCUGGACUUCGCCAGCGCUUCACAGGGCAUCCUGCUGCUGCUGAUGCUAAAACAACAUCUGAAGAAUCUGUAUGGCUUGUCAGACAGCAAAAUCCAGAAAUAUUCCCCGACGGAGUCUGCCAAAGUGUACGACAAGGCAGUGAACAGGAAAUCUAAGGUGCACUUCAACCCUCGUCAGACACUGGACUUCCUGAAGAGGAACCUGGCCCACACGGAUCUCAGCAACGAGACCAAGCGGAAUAUUGUGAAGCAGUAUUUGGAUUUCAAGGUACUGAUGGAGCACUUGGAUCGUGACGAAGAGGACGAGGAGGGUGAAGCAAGUGCCAAUGCCAGAAACAAAGCCAUUACUUCACUGCUUAAGGUCCCGAAAACUUCGAACCACAACCACAAUAAUCACACUGCUCCAGUGGAGUCGGAUGAGGAGGAGAGUGAGGAGGAAGAACCCCCUGCGCGGAAACCAAGGAAAGGCGGGGAAUCCGCAGAGGACGCAGGUCACCUGAAUGAGAGACUGAAGGCCAUGGACAUCAUUGCCCUCUGUUGUCCCAAAUACAAAGACAGACCGCAGAUUGCCAGGGUCGUCCAGAGGAUCAAAACUGGCUACAGUAUACACUGGAUGACUGGAUCUUACUCUGGGCCCUGGGCUGAGGUAAAGAAACGGGACGGUCGCAAAAAGGUGCCUUGGGUUGACACUAUCAAGGAGUCAGACAUCAUUUACAAGAAAAUAUCUUUGACAAGUGGACAAAAGCUGACGAACAAAGUGGCACAGACGUUACGGGCGCUAUACGCUGCCAAGGACGGGGACUGAGAGUUGAUCAAACGAAAUUACUCAGACAGAAACCCCCUCACAACCCAAAUCUAUGGGGAUCCAAUAUGUUACAGAGAGAAACCUCUUUAGAUUUAAGGACCAGAUGGAGGAAAAGUAUUGUGAACACUGAUCUGUUUGAACACAGAUAUGUUUAAGUUAAACACGAGAAAAACACAAGAAGGAAAUGUUUGGGAAAACAUUGUGUGGGAGUUCCUUCGCUGUUGUGCAGCAACUUCGUUGUUUGAUUUUUACUCCCACUGUAUCAUAGUUUAACUAAACACAUGUUUAUAUCUGAACAUAAUUCUGUAAAAAAAUAAACUGAAUGUUGGAAAUUAGUGUAUUGAUGAUGUUCUUAAUAAAGUGUUUUUGGAGUUUAAACUAGCACCAGAUGGAUUUAUUCACUUGACCUGAGCUCCAACAACUUUUAACUUUCCUUUUAUUCCUUGUUUUGAACAUUCUGUUGUUUACCCACACUGUGUAAUGGAGUAUCUUUGAUAUAAUUUAUUUAUGUUAAGAGCAGUGCAGUAUCUGUGCCUAUAUGCAGGGGAAGGUAUAUUGUUUUUCAUAUAGAUUUUGAUGUUAUAGAACACAGAGCAAGAAAAAAGUGACCCCCGCUCUUCUGAUGGAACAAAUACUGCAAUAAAUUUUUCUUACGUCUUUGUUA